AUUGGCAACCUGUAUCACAUUUAAAAGACGUCCGCCUUUGAAAUCUACUCAUAUUCAGUACUGCUUGGGUCAGUGCUACAUCACCUGCCAACACCAUGGCUCAACAACUCGAUAUGGCUAACCGGGAUCCUAAUGAGAUUAACGGACACAUUAAGGUCGCUUUCGAAGAUGUCUUGGCCGAGCCGGACGGAGUCCACUCUAUCGAUUGCAUCUGGAAAUGCGCCUUCACCUGCUUCGAGUGCGGCAAAGGUUUAUGCUACAAACUCAUGACCCUGCUUUGUGGCAUCUGCAUAGCGCUCGGAUGGGGCUGUAACUUUGCUAUGGUAGCCUUCGACCACGUCUGGUGCUGGACCCCGUGUAUCCGAGACUUCUCCAUCUGCAUUGGCUGCUGGCAGAAGGUGUACGGUACCGUGGUCAUGUGCUGCUGCGGCCCUGUGUGCGAGGCUUGCGGAAUGGUCUUCAGCAAGAUCAAGAUCCAGAAGUCUUAAGGUGCUCGGAUGAGUUGGGUGAACAAUCGGCCUCCCGAAAGCAUUGUGACUGCGAUAGACUGUGAUGUGGAUAUUUAUUAAGUUCUUGAUUUGAUUCGUUCUUUAUUUAUUAUUGAACGCCGUAUGUUUGUGUUAAAAAUAUAGAAACAAAUCGUGU